CGUUUUAAGAUCCAGGUACCGUUUCCGGUUGCUUGCUGCUGUUUGCCUAUCCCCACCCAAUUAAGCACUCCAUCCAAGGCAUUAUGCGCAUACCCCUACAGUCGCCCAUGGAUAUAUUCAAAAGCAUCAACCCUGCCCGCCACACUGGGCCUUUCUCUUGAUCUCGUUCCCUUCACCACACCACUUGUUGUCAGUGAACGAUCGCCCAAGGGCAGGAUGGCCUCCCAUGAGAUCCCAAACCGAGGGCCGGAGCUGGUCGUCGUCAAUUACUCAUUCAUGGCGGUCGCUGUGACUGCCUUCUUACUCAGAGGCUAUGUCCGUGUCGGGAUGGUAAAGGCAUUUGGAAGAGACGACAUCCUGAUGGGAAUCUCGCUUCUGUUCUUUCUUGCGUAUGGUGUUUCCUCGCUGAUUGGCGUUCGCCACGGCACUGGCAGGCACCAUGCCGAUCUUUCAGACGACGAGAUUCUUCAUGCAAGACGUAAUUGGUGGUUCUGCUAUCUGUUCUACAGUUGUUCCACGAUAUGUUCCAAAAUCUCCAUCGGAUUCUUCCUUUUACGAAUCGCCGUACGCAAAAUCCACACCUGGGUCAUCUACGGGGCCAUGAUGGUAUCCGUUCUCUGCGGUGCCGCGUUCUUCUUUGUCACCAUGUUUCAAUGCAAUCCGGUCAGCUUCUUCUGGACCAAGCACAUUGAAGGAAUCGAGGGAACAUGCGUCAACAUGUCCGUUGUCAUAGGUCUCGCGUACCUUUACAGUUCACUUGCUAUCCUUUCCGAUUUUACCUUUGCGUUGCUUCCCGCUCUACUGGUCAUGAACCUGCAGUUAGCACGCAAGACCAAAUACGCGCUUGUCCCGCUCUUGACCAUGGGCUGCGUUGCAAGUGCAGCUGUUGUUGCACGCCUGCCCUACCUUCAAAGAAUUGAUUCGCCCGACUUCCUAUGGGCAACACUUGACAUCGCUAUCUGGUCCACCGUUGAACAAGGCCUCGCCAUCAUCGCCGGUUCCUUGGCCACAUGCCGCCCUCUUUUCGCCAUCGCUCUAUUCAAACUAGGCCUAGGCUCCUACCCAACCAAGCACCAAACCCCCAUAUUCGGCGGAACAUCGACGACUGCCAACCGCAUCGUUGGCGGGCACCGCGCCAAUCAACCGUCGGGCCAAUUGGACAUGUACCGACUCCCAUCCCGCGGACAAGACGAAGAAUCAGCAUCAAUAGAUUCCCUCUCCGCAAAAGAGGCGCCCGAACUCCCGCGCAGCCCGAAUUGGUACCAAACACAGUUCGACAAAGUCAAGAGAGGAAGUUUAGCGAAGCCACCAAAGGAAGCUAAACCUGGCAACCCGGUCACGAUUCGUGAGACCAGCAGCGAGGAGAGCUUGCGUGGAUUGCACCACGAGAAGAACAAGGCGAGGGAGGAGAGUCUAGAUGAGGAGAGAGGAAUGCAGAUUAUGGUUUCGAGGAGCUUUUUUGUCACGGACGCGGAACGCGCGAGUUAUGCCCCGCAAGAUGGGGCAAAGUGA